GUUCAGGGACGUUUUGGGAGGCCAUUAUAUUGGGACGAGCGAGCAUCCCUCUGCCCCUCAAUCAUCGCAAUCCAUCAAAUCUGAGAGACGACCAUGAGCACGGCGGCCGACGCAGAACAGCGGCCCGCGGAUGAGGAGGAUGAGGAGGAUGAGGAGGAUGAGGAGGAUGAGGAGGCUGUCACAGUGGAUGAAGACGACGACGACAUCGACCCCUACCUUAUCUAUGAAUUGCAUCAGGAACUGGGAAGCGUAGGCAGCCCGCACGAGGCAGGCAGGCCUUUCUGCUGCUCUCCUUGCUGCAUUCACUCCUGGAGUGUCUGUGUUGUGCUGUCUUGUGUCGUUCUGUUGGUUCCCUCAGGGGACGAGCGGUCAGGUGUAUCGGGCGAAGCUGAGGGGCCGGGAGGAGACGCGCGCCAUCAAGGUGGUGUCGUACGACCCCGACGACGGCGACGAGGUGGAGGUGGCCGACAAAGAGGUGGACAUCAUGGUGCAGUGCAGGGACUGCCCCGCUAUCGUACACUUCUACCGCGCACACGAGACCCGAGUGAUGCUCUGGGUGGGUGGGCGACAGAGAAGGACAGACAGCUUUGUUGGCCAGGCCUUUCCCCCACCUCUCUCUCAUGGCAUGGGUGUGUGGUGUGGUGUGGUGUGGUGUGCUGUGUUGUGUUGUGUUGUGUUGUGUUGUGUUGUGUGUGUGCAGAUGGUAAUGGAGUUUUGCAAGUAUGGGUCCCUGCACGACCUCAUGGCCGACCGGCGCAUCCGGUUCACCGAGGCCGACAUCCGCCACGCCGCACACGCCACCCUGGUGGCGCUGCAGUACCUCCACUCCCGCCACCUGGUCCACCGUGACAUCAAGGCCGCCAACAUGCUGCUCGACCAACACGGACACAUCAAAAUCAGUAAGUGCAAUGCCUCGGGCAAAUGCGUCACUGAAUGGCAUGGGUGUGGUGUGGUGUGCUGUCCGGCGGCGGCGGGCGGGGGGCUGUUACGGGUGCAGCAGAUUUUGGUGUGUCUGCACGGCUGGCGAGCAGUGCUGAGAAGUGCAAGACGCCUAACAUGGGUGAGGGGAGGGGAAUGGGAGGUCAGCUACGACACAGCAGAUGUGUUGACGGACGCUGAUUGUGUGUCGUCUGUCAGGUUCGCCCUACUGGAUGGCGCCUGAGGUGAUCGAUGGCAGCCAAUACGACAGCGCAGUACGUCCGCCUGCACGGACUAAUGCGGCCAAGACGCGACGCGCACACAGCUGACGACUCCCGUCCGUGUGAUGUGUGUCUGUCUGUGUGUGUCCCUCCCUCCCUCCUCAGGCUGACAUAUGGUCAUUGGGCAUUACGUGUGUGGAGUUGGCCGAGGGCGCCCCGCCGUACGCAAGCCCCACGCGCCCGGCAUACGAGGUGAGCCAGACUCGCAGACAGCCACGCAAAGACGGACAAGGCAAGGCGCCUGCCUGUUGCAGACGAUGCUGCUGAUCAAGAGGCGACCCCCCAGGGACCUGAGGAUGCCUGAGCGAUUCUCGCACAAGUUCGCACACUUUGUGCAGAGGUCAGCAAGUCAGUCAGUCAAGGUUCACACACACACGCCUUGCAUCGAAAUCGUGUUGCGUGUGUGCAUGUAGCUGUCUGUGUGUGUGUGUGGCUGCAGGUGCCUGACCCUCCGUGCUGCCAGCCGCCCGACUGCGACGGCUCUGUUGGACGACCCCUUCAUCCGUGGCGACGAACCAAUCCCCGAUGCCAGCCCUAUCAUGUAUGGAUGCCCCACACGCACACACACACUCCACCCAUCAAUGGAUGGAUGGAUGUGUGCAGUGCUCGGCUGCAGACUCCCACCACGUCCCUCACUCCCACUCCCACCCAGCCCUCCCAGCCGUCUGUGGGUCCCCAGCCGUCCUCCUCGUCCAGCAGCGGGGACAGCCACCCCCUGGCUGCCGUCCCUGCGGCUGAGCUCAUCCGAGACGGCCCAGCGUCCUCAGACAACACUCGCGGCCGCGAGGGGGACCCUGAGGGUGUGUUCCGUGACUUUGGCGAGAGCGGGACGUGCAGGCGGGUCGGUCCAGAGGCGCAAGAAGAGGGAGAGGGAGAGGGAGAGGAGCAUGGUGAGACUUCUACUGGUGGCUGUGGCGGACCAAUGACGGAUGUCGACCUGCGUCAGCUGCACGCCGCUGCUGCCGCCGCGUACGCACCUUUCCCCUUCGGCCUGCCCUUCCCCCUGCCACCCGCCCCCAAGCACGAGUCGUAUCGCACCCACAUGCGCAACCUAUCGUCCCUCUCCACACAGCCCCCCGUCACACAGGCCCAGAGCCAGACGGAGGCCACCCAUGCCCGCAUCCCCAGCAGCGAAUCCAACAACAGCGGCCCGAUGACCGACCGCUCGGCCACACGCAAGCCGCGCAGGAGUGAGCCGAGGGAGGGGCGCGGGGUGAUGUACCAGCUGUGGGGGUCGUCCAUGGUGGUGCCGCCGUCCUCAUUGAUGGCGCCCGUGCCAGAGGAGAGCAGCGUGCGUCACUCGAGCGCUCCGGCGGCCGACGAGACCAAGCCGAUGCGGCACUCGACCAUGCAGAACAUCCUUGCCAUCGCACGCCAUUUCCAGCGCAGCCACACGCCCGGCGAGAGCCACGCCGUCCGGCUGUCACGUGCACUCUCCGCCCCCACAGAGCCGCACGAUACAAGCGCAACCGUGGGUGUGGGGGAGCACCACGGGCAUGGGCAUGGGCAAGUCUUGGUGGACACCCCGAGGAAGGCGGGAGGCCACCUGGGGAUGAUGUUUCGGCGGCAGAGGAGUGACAACAACAGGGAGCCAGAUGAGAGGCGAAGGAGGGCUGGGGCUGGUGGUGUUGGUGGUGGGGGCGGGUUUCUCAGGGGGCGGACCAAGAGGGGCAACGACAGUGGACCUGCGAUGCCGUCGGAGCCGGUGAGACAGUGUCCCCCCCUUUCAUGUCGCACACACCACUUCCGUCUUAUCCUCAUUUGUGCGUGUGGUUUCGUCUCUGCCUGUCAGCCUGUCGUCUUAUCCGCCCAAGUGCCGCCGCCCAGCGACCGACACAAUGCCCCGCCUUCAGCCAGCAGCUACAGUGACGCCCCUGCAGGUCUUCAACCGUCGAGCUGUGACGAGGAGGAGAGUAUCCGGUCGAUUCGCAUAACUGACGACAUGGUGGAACGGAUCCUGAUGGAGAGGGGCUUUAGCAGCAGCAGUGCAGCGGCCAAUGGCGAUCAGCAUGGGGGCCAGGGAGAGAUGGAGGGAUCAGGGGCAGGGAGGGAGGAGUGAGAAAUGUAUGUGUGUGGGUGUCCAUAGGCUUGGGUGGGCGGACCUCUCUGUUGUUUCGUGUGAGGGGCGAGGGAUAUGAUGCGAGGGUAGCACAGCGCGGAGCAAGUGGCGACACUGUUGGAUUGGAUUGGAUUCCAUUCAGACAGACAGAGAAAGGUCCAAAUGACGGCUGUACAACUGCAGCAUGUGCUCAAUCGAUUAACG